AUGAACACAGGAAGCAAUGUAUCACUGCAUGGAUACCUUCAAUCAUGGAAAUAUUUCUACGAGGCGUAUGACGUCAUCAAAACUGUUUUCAAAUUUAAACAAAAAUAUUUGGACAAAGCACGAAACUUUUUAUCUCGUGUGUCACUAAAUGGCUACAAACGUGUUUGUAUUCAUGUUCGACGUGGAGACACUACCAUCACAGCAAAACAAAAAGAAGGUUAUGUUAAUGUCGGAAUAGAUUUCAUUGAAAAAGCAAUGUUCUUCUACAGAAAAAAAUAUUCAAAAGUUCAGUUCAUUGUCGUCAGUGAUGAUAAAGCAUGGUGUAGAAUGCAUAUAAAAGGAGCUAAUAUAAGUACUUUUACUGACCCUGGUGAAGACUUAGCUUUAAUGACUUUAUGUGAGGACUUUGUAAUAACAACAGGAACGUUUGGCUGGUGGGGUGCGUGGCUUUCAGGAGGAACAACAGUAUAUUACAAUAAACACCCAAGGCCGGGAAGUGCGUUAGCUUCUAGAAUGACAAAAGAGGACUUUUAUCCACCAAACUGGAUAGGUUUAUCAUAG